AUGACCGGGAACCUGCAGGACACGCACGUCCUGAGCCACGAGGAGGACAAGGACGCGCUUCCCGCGAACGCUGGCGACGAUUCGUCAUCUUCCAGCUCGGGUUCGGGCUCGUCGUCGUCUUCGUCGUCCUCUGAUUCGGAGUCGGACGAGGAAGCGGAGACGGGGGACGCUGCUGGAGCCAGAGAUGGCGCUCCAGCUGGCGGUAGUCACAGCCGUGCUGAUGGUUUCAGUGGUACCUCUGGUGGUCCUUCGUUGUCCGCCCCUCGUGCUCAUGGCAUGGCAGCUACUGCCAAAACGAUGAACGUCAACUCGACACGGGCAGCAGCGAGGUUUAAAGCGUCGGAGACCGAGUCGAUGAUGCCGCUGGGGACGCGCAAGCGAGACCGACGGACAAUUGAGGAGAUCCAGAGAGAUUUACGGGAUAAGAGGAAGAAACCUGCAGGGACACUAAGUGCGAGGUCGAGUCCGCCACCGCCAAGGGGUUCACCCAUACGAUCUCCGGAAGCUGAAGCGGCAGUAGACAGUGGAGCGCCAAUGGCUGUAGGUGGACCAAUCGGUCAGUUUGGCACGGCAGGCCGUCUGUCUAUCAAGAGGAAGCCCGUGUCGGCCCAUGAUCGAUUGGCGAUGAAACUGAAUGGCCGCAAAAGGACGGGUGCUAAGAAGCCGACCAAGCUGGCUGCUCCAAGCGGGACCAUGCCACCAGUGCUAGUAAUGACGAGUAAACCGAUGAUCAAACCGAUGGCUGCCACGACAACAGCGGUGACUACUGAAAAUAGCAGCAGCAGUGAGCAUGGAGGUGAUACCGGAGGCGAUGGAUACAAUAGCAGUGUUAGCAGGUCACCGCAGGCAGCUGUGGACGGCAAGGUAGUGCGUGCAGUGCUGCGUGCGAUGCUGCGCUAUGGAGACCUGACCGAUGUGGGCCUUUAUCCAACAGCUACCACCUUUGCUGACGAGUACAAAAUGCCGAGCUUCGUUGAGCGGGCGACUUUGCAGACAAUUACAAACGUUUCUACCGAUCGUCUGCACGCUCUUGCACAUGAAGUCGCGCAAAAAGCUAAGGAGGCAGUUGAGGCGCGGCCACCACACGACAACAUUAAAAUUGCUGACGUCGAGGCGAGAUCAACACAUAUUAUCGAGCGCCUUUACGAAAAUUUAAAACUCCGCAUUGCUGUUCAGCGUGCGUUGCGCGUCGCCGGAUGUUCGUCGGGCAACGCACAUGCCAAUGCGCAAGGCGCGUACGUGUUGGUCGCGAAACAAAGUGAUCUUUCUAUUCUGGGCGUGAACACACGGGACUUGCUCAACUGGACCUGGGCAGAAAAGGACUACGACUGGUCACAGCGUAAGGAUGCAGCGCUGUUACUUGGUGUCUACGUGCACGGAUUCGGUGGCUGGGAAGACAUUUUAAACGACGACUUGCUCCAUUUUCAGGGCCAACGAGCUUUGAAAGGCGAGCGCUUGAAGAAGCGAGCCGAGAACUUACUAAAGCGACUGCCACCGCCCGAUUUUGACGCUGGCGAUCCGCGCAUCGUGCAGCUAGCUAGCUCCUUUGGUCCGGGGGGCACGAACUCGAGCCAGUCAUUAGGUGCACAAUUUAGCGCAAUCAUACAGAGUGGAUCUAUCGCUGGGGUGACCGCAUCGGUCCCUGCGGCUUCAACGUCUGGAUGUGGUCGAAUGGUGCGUGCAGCGGAACGAUUCGCUGCACGGCAACAGAACGGCGAAAAAACAGCGAGUCGGCACCCUGUUGCAUCCAGUAAUGGUUCAGCGAUGCCGAAUGGUCAAACAGUGGAUGGUGGGCGACAGCACAACGCAGUGGCCACGAAAGCAACUGCCGAAUCUGACUUGGUUGAUCACAAACCCGAAGACGGCGAAAUUGGCGGUGUAUCACCGACUCAUCCGACGGUGCUACGACACAAGAGACGGUCAUCCUCUGUUGACAUUCGAAAUCAGACCUCAUCCCGCAAGAGACAGCGAAAAGAUAAUACUGAGAGCUCAAGUAAGAAUGAUAAACUGAAGAAGGGGCAUCGACGGCGUGACCGUCAUAAGUCGCGAACUCACCCACAGUCUACCUCGGUGGUAUCAGGUCCGGUUGUAGAAGUAGGACCGUUGCCGCUGCUCUCGGUCGAUGCGUGUUUUGAAAAGUGGAAACCAAACAAGAAGUUACAGGAGAUCCGGCUGGUGCUGAAAAAGAUGAAGAUAAUGGCCGAGUGGUCACGCAACCAGAAUGAUGAGACGGUAGUGGAGAAGGUAUUCAAGUAUGUGAGCACAAUUGGGGAAGCGAUCGAUCGGAUUGUGACGCAGCAUCAAGACACGGUUGAAGUGGAUUUGCCAUCUCGCGAAGCUGAUGAACUCUGCACGUCUUUGUGGACGUAUGCUGCGGGAUUUACGCCGUUCACGCCACUGGGCUUUGAGCGUCUGUAUGACGAUAUGUGCGCGGAUGCUGAUGCUCUCGUUGCAGCCAAGUCAUGA